AUGGCAUCAACAGAUGAUGAUUCAACGUACAUACCCAUACCACAUUAUCCACCGUUUAAGUUGAGAUCUUCACUUAUAGACAAGGAUCCUGUAAUAUGGGUGCAUUUAUUGGAAGCAUAUAUUAAAUUAUUCAAAUACUUAUUAAAUCCAGACAGCCAUACCCUGAAGUUGUCGGUAAAGUCUCAGCAACAAUUACAGUUGUUUUUGAAAAUAUUUCUCUUCGAGACUGCAGAAGAGACAACGAAGAUUUUCUCCUUGGGAGCUAUCAAUCCUGAUAUUAAAACCAAUACGGCAAUAUUACGAACAUGCGUUUUCCAGCUCAUCAAGAAUUAUAGCAUUGUGAAAUUAUCUUUAACAGGAGAGGCAAUUUGGAAUUUUGUUACUAUAUAUGUAAAAGACAAUAGUACAAUUGUACGUGGAUUAGUUGACGGUACAUAUAAAUCAAAAUUUAAUGAUAACAAGAAAUCUGGUAAUAUAAGUUGUAUUGGCCAAAUACAUAAGCACUUGGAAAGCUUGAUUAGCAAUGGAAAAAUUCAAGACCGAGAAUUAAAUACAUUAUCUUUCUUGUUAGGUCAACAUGCAAGUUCAGCUACUAAAUUAAAGACGUACACUGUCACUGGAGCAUCAUCAAAUAACAGCAGGAAUAUUAAUAAAAAACUGACAAGCUCUUUAGCAUUUGCUGAAGCUUUUGUUAGUACUGGAUGGAUAGAGAUGUUGGAAAGAUUGUAUGUUAAUGGUAAGAGUGUGCAUGCGGAACAGAUUAAGGAAAUUAUGAUAAUCUCAUUAAUAUCCUUAUCUACUGCGAAAUUGGCGAAAUUGGCAAUGGAGUUGGGUGUAAAUAAUACUGAUUCAUUAGUAUUAUACCCAUUAUUUAGUACUAUUAUUAUCUCAGAUGCAUACAAGGAGUUGGCACCAGGGUUGGAAGAAAGAUUGACAUUUUUAAGAAACAUUUCAUUCGAAAAUAAAUCAGUAAUAAAGGAUGACAUACCUAUUAAGGAGGAAAAUAUAGAACUAUUAGCCGACUUAAUACCACAACUCACAAGGGGACAAGCAAUCACAAUUUUAAAAGAAAACAAUGAUGACGUAGAACAGGUUACCAAUAUAUUGUUCGAAAACCCAGACUUAAUAUCUAGCAUUGAGGAAUAUGAAGAGAAUAAGAAACCAAAGCACAUCAAUUCUGAAUCGAAGACGGAAUCUAAAAGACCAGAGGGUCAGGAUGAACCAGUAAAGAGGUCAAUAUACGAUGGUGAUAAAAUUUCUAAUUUAGAUUUUUCAGAAGGAACUGUCAUAUACGGCAAGAAAGGACAAGCAACAAACAAUGAACCAGCUACUGAGACCAUGAAGAAAAAGACAUUAACUGCUGCAUUGAGAUUGAUGUAUGAAAGUGAUGAAGAUGAACCUGACGAUACAUACGAAGAGCAAGAGAAGACGAGUGGUUUAGCAGCUGGUGAAAACAACAAGAUAUCCAAACGUAAGACUAAUAAAAACCGAUUAGCAGUUUUUGAUGAAGACGAUGGGUCAGGCGCAGAUCGCGACACACCAAUGACUCCAGACAGAAGUGUUUCUAGCAGUCCAAUGCCCGCUUCUGUAGACUCUAUUGAGAAAUACCUCUUUUCAAUAUUCAAGACUAAGGGUGCUGAAAAAUUUGACAAGAAGGAUAGAAAAUCGUCCGAUAGACAAAAUAUAAAAAAAUCCACUAAUUGGUCGGAUGAACAAAUCGAGGGUUGGCUCAGAAUGUUGUUAAAAUCCCCUAGAAGAUUUAAAAUUCUUGAAGAAGAUUAUCUCUAUGGGGGUAAUCCAAAUAGGCAGCCUGCUAGAAGGAAUAAUGAUGGAGACCAGACUACCGAGUCUAGCAAUAAAGGGAAUAAACCCAAAUCAAAAGAGCAAGCAAAGCGCUCAUUUGCUAAGAACGAGAAAAAUAAGGCAAGUAAGGCUAACCAUAACAGAAAGAGUGGUCAUAGUAAGAAAACUAACCGUGAAUUGGCGGGAAUGCAGUAG